AUGGAGCACCGACGCAUUGCCCACGGAGCUGCGCCUCCGUUGACCGCUGUGGAGAGAUUCUUAUACGGCCAAAACAAUGAUGCCUUGUGUUCCAAGAAACAAAAGGUUCCUAGAGACCGAAACCCACCGAUCGUGAAAAGGACAGUGGUGACUGAGAUUGUAAACGACAACAAAGAGAACACAACGUUUGGUCCAAAGAAGGAGAAACACUUGGUCGUUCAUGGCCGAAGCCCUAUUGGAAACAUGAUCGUUAAAGAUAAAACCACGAAGAAGCGACCAUACAAGAAUCUUAUCAAAGGGCAAUGGACAUCAGAAGAAGACAGGAAGUUGAUUAGGUUGGUGAGGCAACAUGGGGAGAGAAAAUGGGCAAUAGUCUCGGAGAGACUUGAGGGAAGAGCAGGCAAACAAUGUCGUGAGAGAUGGCAUAAUCAUCUCCGUCCUGAUAUCAAAAAAGAUGGAUGGAGCGAAGAAGAAGAGAGGGUUCUUGUAGAUGCACACACAAGAAUCGGGAACAAGUGGGCAGAGAUCGCUAAACUCAUACCAGGACGAACCGAAAACUCCAUCAAGAACCAUUGGAACGCUACUAAACGACGCCAAAACUCAAAACGCGAAAAGAAACGUCAAGCAAACGCCGAUAACAAUGAUAGCGAUCUCUCUCCAGCACCUAAGAGGCCAUGUAUUCUCCAAGACUACAUCAAAAGCAUCGACAACAAUAACAAGGACAAUGACGAUAACAAGAAUGAUAACUCCAUCAGUGUUAUUUCUACACCGAAUCCUGAUCAGAUCUAUUCUGAUGGAGACUCCGCAUCGUCAGUCCUUGGUGAUCCAUAUGACGAAGAGCUGGUUUACCUACAAAACAUCUUUGAAAACCACCCGGCUUCUCUUGACAACAUAGGUCUGAGCCAAACAUCAUAUGAGGUGAACCAGCUGUCUUCAUCAUCUGAGCUCAUGAUCAAGAACCCUAACCCUAACCCUAACUCACACAACGUUGUUCAGAGUCAGCAUCAAGAUCAGGGGAUGGUUUAUGUUCCUACGAACACUCCCCACCUUGCGUCUGAUGUCUACUUGUCUUACUUGUUGAACGGUACGACGCCGUCCUACGCCAACCAAUAUUUUCCUUCUUCCUCAUGUUCCACGUCAUCCACCACCGUAGAGCAGGGAGCCCAUUGUGAGUUUCUUGUGCCUCAAGCUGACUCUACAAGCGAAAAAAGAGAUAUGGAUCUGAUAGAGAUGAUCUGUGCUUCUACUCAAGGGAGCAACAUCUCCUUCUUCUAG